AUGUUGUCUAGAGCUGGGACCAGUUUAGAAGCGGAAACCGUUAGAUUAAACCAAUGUCUGGAUGUGGCUGGCAGUAUUCAGUCUUCAAUUACAAUGGCAUGCUUAUUAGAAAAGGCCGAGAUACUACUUGCCUCCCUAUCUUUCACUCCGGUGCAAAGAGAUGUCUGGUCCAGCUUUAUUUUUUAUCAUUAUAUGCAAAAUACAUACGGUUGUAAUUUCAUUAACUACCUCGGGGGGAAAAUGGCAAGUGUGCUCCUGUUCGGAAGUACCUUUGCCUUGCGAGACGCAAACCCGGAUGCUGUAGGUAUUUUGGAUGAAGGAAUUAAGCGUGUCUAUUGCUGUGACAUCAGUGAGGUCGGGGCUCCACAGUCUUGUCGAGCCCCUAAGCUUCAGUUCCUCACUGCGAUUAGGAGCGAAAAAUGGCUUUAG